GAGGAGAGGAGCCGGGCGGUGGCUGGGGCAGGCGGGCGGGCUGGAGGGCCCCACCGAUAUCCCUGCAGCUCCCCUUGUGGCCUGACGCUGACAGAGGCAAAAAUCUGCUAACUAAGGGGGCAGACUCAGCCAGGGCUGUGAGCAGACCUGGGGAAUGACCCCCGAUCUCCAAGUGGUGCCUUCCACGGCUGCACGGCUAUCUCAAGCUGCCUCUGCCUCGGUUCCUGGCCCUGGCUCUGUCCCUAAUCUGGGAUCACCAUUACCUGUGCCACAUGAGCCCUCUGUCUCCUACCAGGACAAUGAGGCUCUGGGGGCCUCGGAGCCUGGGGUUGGCUUUGGGUGUCUUCAUGACCAUCGGAUUUGCCCUCCAGUUCUUGGGGGGAUCCUUCCGGAAGAGGCUACCCAGGCUGCAGCCCCAGGUCCCAUCCCGGAGACCAGCUGUUCCAUCCUGCCCACCCCAGCAGCGACUUGUGUUCCUGAAGACGCAUAAAUCUGGGAGCAGCUCUGUGCUGAGCCUGCUUCAUCGCUACGGGGAUCUGCAUGGGUUGCGCUUUGCCCUCCCUGCCCGCUACCAGUUUGGAUACCCAAGACUUUUCCAGGCAUCUCGGGUCAAAGGCUAUCACCCCCAGGGUGGAGGCACCCAGCCCCCCUUCCACAUCCUCUGUCACCACAUGAGGUUCCAUCUGAAAGAGGUCCUUCAGGUCAUGCCUUCUGACAGCUUCUUCUUUUCCAUUGUCCGAGACCCAGCAGCUCUGGCCCGCUCUGCCUUCUCCUACUAUAAGUCCACCUCAUCGGCCUUCCGCAAGGCACCAUCCUUGGCUGCCUUCCUAGCCAAUCCUCGCGCCUUCUACCGGCCUGGGGCCCGGGGAGACCAUUAUGCACGUAACUUAUUAUGGUUUGACUUUGGCCUCCCUUUUCCCCCAGAGGUGAGGACCAAGAGAGGGACCCUUCAUCCCCCUAGAGACCCCAACUCCCCACAGCUGCAUGUUUUGCCUCCCGGUGCUGGCCCUCGGGCCCAAACCUUAGACCCCAGUGCACUCUUCCACCCUCUUUCCACUGCUACUCAUGGUCACAGCCAGAUAGCCAGCCCUGUUUCUUUAGAUUUGGGGUCUUCAUCCUUCAUCCAGUGGGGCCUGGCCUGGUUGGACUCCAUCUUUGACCUGGUCUUGGUGGCUGAAUACUUUGAUGAGUCAUUGGUUCUGCUGGCAGAUGCCCUGUGCUGGGGUCUGGAUGACGUGGUGGGCUUCGUGCACAAUGCCCAGGCUGGAGGACAGCAGGGCCUCAGUGCUGUUAGUAAUGGUGGACUAACUGCUGAGAAUCAGCAGCUGACUGCCCGGGCCCGAGCCUGGAACCAUCUAGACUGGGCUCUCUAUGUUCACUUCAACCGCAGUCUGUGGGCUCGGAUAGAACAAUAUGGCCAGAGCCGGCUGGACAGUGCUGUGGCCCAACUCCGGGCUCGACGUGAAGCCCUAGCUAAACGCUGCCUGGUAGGCGGUGAGGCUUUAGACCCCAAAUUUAUCACUGACCGUCGGUUCCGCCCCUUCCAGUUUGGGUCGGCUAAAGUUUUGGGCUAUAGACUUCGGAGUGGACUGAGCCCCCAGGACCAGGAGGAGUGUGAACGUCUGGCUACCCCCGAGCUACAGUACAAAGACAAGCUGGAUGCCAAGCAGUUUCCUCCUACAGUACCACUGCCCAGCAAGACUUCAAGGCUACUCUCCCAUAGGCAGAUUUAGGCUGAAGAGAAGCUAAAUUAAAUAGAAGGGCUCAUGUGAUUAAGUAUGGGGCAAGAAUGAGUGGUUUUUUCAGAAAGGAUGGAACUUUGUCCUAAUGCAGGCUGCGUCCUCUGGCCCCUGCCUCAGAAACCCAGUCGUUCCCAGCAGGGCCUCCCUCCCACACCUGUUUUGUCUUUCCCCUUCCCAUUCCCAAGGUAGGUCCUUGGAGAACUCUCCAAAGCCCCCUGGAGGGGCGAAAGAUGAAGUGGGACAAAGUUUGGGGCAUGGAGUUGGGAUGACGCUUGCAUUCUCUAGGUAAUACUUGUUACUGGGCUAUGUUCAUUUCACUAUGAGAUGUUUGCUGAAUGAAUAAAUCAUUUGAAACGUUUACUUGAUU